GUUUUGAAGCCUAUAGAGCCUGAGAAGUAUAAUGGGAAUCCGGAUCUCGCUGAGUUCCACAAGUUCAUCAACCAGAUGCAGGAGUAUCUGGAUGGUUAUCGAGUCAAGCCACGGAGCCAUGCCUCCGUGGUCUCUAGGUUCUUAGGAGGACGCGCCCACGAGUUCUAUGUUAAUACGGUUUCUAGAAAUUCGAAGGCUUACCAGUUUAAAGACAUCCUGGUUGGCUUAUUCAAUUAUUGUUUCCCUAUCAAUUUCAGGCAGAAAAUGCGUGAAAAGCUUCGCAAUACUCGUCAGAAUGGACGCCCUAUUCAGACCUAUGCAUAUGAACUCGAAAAUCUCUUCCUAAUCCUAGGCAUGGAUCGCAAUGAGGAACGUGUUGAUGCAUUCUGGUUUGGGCUUGAUAAAUAUAUUCAGGGCGAGCUGUGGAAACAGAUGAUG